UCCUUCUCAAACUUUCCGUUGCCCUGGUGCUCGUCUCAGACCUCGCCAGGUCCAUGCUCAUCCUCCCGGUCCUCGAUGUUGGCCGGAGCUUCUUCAUGUGCUUCUUUCUGGCCACCCCAAUCCAUCGCGACUAGCACGGGAGAAAUGGUGCAUCUGUUAGCAACCCUCCACGGGUGGGCCGUGGGCCGGCAUGAGAGGGUCGGGCCUAGCAUCUAGGCCAUGGAGCCAGCGACUACAAAUACUUGAAAGGGUGGAUCGAGCAGGUCAUCCGGUUGGAUCACGACUGAAACGGCACGGCGGCUUCCUCUCCCACCUCUGGCUCUCCUCCUCAAUCCCCUUGUUCUUACUUGUUCAUGUAAUCUAGCUACCCAAAUCCUUGUAUCUGUAAGUGAUUCGUGAGAUCAGUAGAGAGACCCUAACACUUGGUAUUCAGAGCCAAAAUUUUCCCCACCACCUCCCACCCGAUCGAGCAAUGGAGCCGGCGACCAAGCAGGACCUGAAGGAUCUCCUGAAGGAGUUCCGAGAGAGCAUGAAGGAGAGCAUCAGGGAGGCUGUCGCGGUCGGGUUCGGUAACACGAAGCCGGCAUUCGAGCAGGCGACCAUCUCGACCUCUUCUCAGUUCCUCGCCAUGGACGCCUCCGAUGACAAGGAUCUGGCACCUGCGUGCUCCAGCCCUGAACAGGGCACGUACGCCCUCGACUUCGCCCCAACGACCACCAUCGAUGCUCUUCCCGAGCUCGACAUUGACGCCACGGGCGUUGCUGCACCAACGCCCACAACCUGCUCGACGGAUGGCCUCAUCCACAGCACCGAUGGAGACGAUAGGAUGGAGGCGUCGAAGGCUGCUUGGGAUUCGUCUACGCCCUUCACCGCACGUCCAGGGGACUCACCAACACCAAUGAGUGAGCCAUCUCUCGGCCUUGCACUCGGUGCGCUGGCGCAGACCAAGUGUUUGGCAGAAUGCUCAGGCCAAGUUGAUGCGUCUGUCACGGCCAGUGUUAUCUUAGCGACUGCUGGCUGCAUGCCCACUACCUGUUCGACCGAGUGGGUCACCCAUGCUGACAGUCGCAUCAUCGACUCAUCGUCAACAACCCUACCCAUUUGGCUCGCAGCUGCAGCGGUGCAUCGUUCGUGGGUGCAGACAGUGCCACCGCACCCACCGGACCUGAGGUUAUUUUUUUGGUGGGACCAUGGGUGUCUAAUGAGUGGCCGUGGUGAUUUGGAAAGAGUGAUUCAUCCUAGCCCAAAUGAAAGUUUAUGCACAAGGCAAUGUCAAGAGGUAAAACUCUCGUGUCUGUUUCAUGGGAUGUCUAUUUCUUGGCAAUGGUUGGUACACUGGCUAGUCUAUGGAGUUGAUUUACAUCAAAUUCCGUGUCCAUCAUUUUCAAAUGGUGAGCCACCAGAUGUGGAUUGUUCCAGUGUUGCCAAUUGGGACCCCCAUGUGCCUAUUUCUGUUGAUGACAAGUUCCUGAAGCAUCUGUUUCUAAGUGUUCAAGUGCAUGACAGUGGAAUGGUUGUAGUUCCCUCUCUGACCUUGAUACGACUCCUUACUGUACUUGAGGCACCAUUCACAAUCCAUGGAGGGUUUCUUCUCAUAGAUGGCCUCUGGGGCUGGUCACUACAUCUGUUCGGACGCGUAAAGAAGGUAUCCGAUGAUAAGCGAGAUGCCCAAUGUAGCUUGGUCUAUCUUAAGUUACAGCAACAUGGAUUGUUUGUUGUACAUCUUACUGAUGGAAAUUCUCUCUGUUCAUGCCACUAUACUGAUGCACUUGCUUUUGAGUGGGGCUACAACCAUAUUUCUUACAGACAACUUCUAGAGAUCUGUUGCAAGCGACUGAAGUGUAAAUGGAGAAUACAAUCUGGGCUAGUACAGACCACAUUCAGCCGAAUUGGUGCAGUAACCAGUGGAACAAUGGGACUGUUGGUUGUGCAAUUACCAGAGUGUAUUGAUGACCAACUAGCAGAAUUGCUGAAGGAAAAUUUUAAUGAGAUGCCAAAGUGCAGUGUUACUCCUAUAUCUUGUGAGAGUGGAUGUAAGUUGCAUAACACAUCAUUCUUUAUCUGGCGGACAAGUGCAGUCUGCCUUCUUCUCUGUUGCUAUGAUCAAUUUCAAUGGAAGCUGGCUGGGUUAUGCUAUCACCUGUCUAACUGCUGUCCAGUGACACUACUUGGGCUGCCGGUGUCAGCAAACUGUUUGACUCGGAGGUAUGCAGGUCACAAGAACCAGGUCUACCACAUGAAGUUGUCUCAUUCUAAUCAUUGUCAAGAGGGAAUAAACUUGCAAGUGGAGCAGAUAUGGUGUGCAAUUACGAGUAAUACUAUUGAUGCUUAUCCUUGUGGUGGUGAAGACCAUGCACGCGAAUCAUUGUUCAACCUGGAGCUUGCUGUACAUGCGAAGGAGUUCGAUGUGCAUGGUGGAGCUCUUACGGUGUAAACUUUGGUGAAAUGGAAAACCAAGUGUAUGUGCAAACACAUUCCAUUGGAUCGUUGGCCGGGACACCUCUACAGAAGCAGCAAAUGGAGCUGCAAUAUUAUGGAAAUUGUGCCAUU